CAAUGAAAAUUUGGGCAUUAUUAUUUACGUUCGAUUUCUUGUGUUGCGUUGCCGCUUUGUGAAGCGUAUUCGCCAACUCUGAAUCAAAAUUUCUGAAUCAGAAUUCAGAAUCCGCCAUUGCCAGUGCUUCCCCAACCUUCAGUUCACAUGCCCGCUUCUCAUAACUACGCCAAAAUCCAUCUUGUUUCAUCCCAUUUCCUCUGAUUUCCGCCUUCCAACUGUCUCUUGUUCGAUUUUCAACCCAAUUCUUGUUUUUUUUUUUUUGUUUCUCUUUCAAUCCCAAUUCCACUGACGAGCGAGGGACCCCAUUUCGUUGAUUUCCCACUGGCGGAGUCCUCGGAGAUCCGUCCUUGAUGCUGGUGCGAGACCAUUAUUAAAGAUUUUCACUGCGUUUAAUUGUCGUUGUUCUUAAGAAAGGAGAGCUGGAUCCGACUCCCGAAGCACCGCAGUCCUUGAAGGCUCCCUCUGCCUCCAAUUCCACCGGAAACGGCCAGAUCCGUUACCGAUCUCCGUCUUCCGCUGAGCUUCUCGAAGGCCAAUCUGCGUCUCAGCCACUUCAGGAUCAGCAGAAGCUACUUCAGUCGGAAUUCGACAAGAUGCUCAAGCGCCCCGGUAAGCAGCAGUCGGAAUCCUUGUCCAACAAGAUCUACAGAUUCAGAGGGGUGUUGCUCCUCACCUCUCUCUCGCUUUUCCUCAUCGCCUUCAUUCUCUAUCUCAUGCCUGCUCGAGAGGAUUACUCCUUCAACCACCGCAAAGUUGCCCCCGAUCACAGGUCGUCCUCUUCCAAGACCACUUAUGCCGUUAUUUUUGAUGCUGGCAGCUCUGGGAGCCGCGUUCAUGUCUUUUGCUUCGACCACCAUCUCGAUCUCCUCCCCAUUGGCAAGGAUAUCGAACUUUUCGAUCAACUUAAACCAGGACUGAGUGCCUAUCCCGACAAUCCUAAGAAAGCUGCAGAUUCUCUAAUUUCCCUUUUGGAAAAAGCACAAAGCGUGGUUCCAAAAGGGUUGCGGCAAAUGACCCCUGUUAGAGUUGGGGCAACUGCAGGCCUGAGGGCUCUGAAAGGUGAUGCAUCUGAAAGAAUUUUGCAGGCGGUUAGGGAUCUCCUGAGAGACAAAAGUGACCUCAAGUUGGAGGGAGAUGGUGUGUCUGUAAUUGAUGGAACUCAAGAGGGUUCUUAUCAGUGGGUGACAAUAAACUAUCUGCUUGGGAACUUGGGUAAGAAAUAUUCAGAUACAGUUGGAGUUGUAGAUCUUGGGGGAGGAUCUGUUCAAAUGGCAUAUGCUAUCUCAGAGAAGGAUGCUGCUCGAUUAUCAGAUGCAGAGGGCGCAUAUAUUAAAAAAAUGUUUCUGAAGGGAGUAACUUAUUAUCUCUACGUUCACAGUUAUUUGCAUUAUGGGUUACUGGCUGCUCGAGCAGAGGUUUUGAGCGUCUCUGAAGACUCUAGCAAUGAUUGCAUCCUAUCUGGCCAUGAUGGAACAUACCGUUACGGUGGACAGGACUACAAAGCAUCAGCCUCUCCGUCAGGCUCUAGCUUGAAUGGAUGCAGGAGGACAGUUUUGAAGGCUCUCAAGGUAAAUGAAUCAACAUGUACUCACAUGAAGUGCACUUUUGGUGGCGUUUGGAACGGUGGAGGAGGGGAUGGGCAGAAAAAUCUCUUCGUCGCUUCGUUUUUCUUCGACCGGGCUGCUGAGGCUGGUUUUGCUGAUCCCAAUAAGCCGAUUGCUAAAGUUCACCCUUCAGACUUCGAGGAGGCAGCGAAGCGGGCAUGCCAUAUCAAAUCCGAGGACGCCAGUACAUAUCCCAAUGUCGAGAAGGAUAACCUGCCGUACUUGUGUAUGGAUCUUGUAUACCAGUACACACUACUCGUAGAUGGAUUUGGUCUGGAUCCUUGGCAAGAGAUCACAUUGGUGAAGAAGGUUAAGUAUCAGAAUUCCUUGGUUGAAGCAGCAUGGCCUCUAGGCAGCGCCAUUGAAGCUGUCUCGUCGUUAGCCUAAAUCGGUAGAACCAUCAGUUGGAAACUAGAGUGAGCUCUUCUGUUUGUUAGCAGGGCGUCGAUUUGUCGAAUGAAGGUAACGGGGAAAAGUUUCAUUUAGAUUGGAUUCAGAAUUUGAAUUUUGGUUGGGUUCUUGGGAAUAAUUGAAAUAUAAAAUGAUGGAAUCACAAUUUUUGUGUAAUAAUUCACGUACUAUGCCAAUUUUAUACAAGUUGAGAGAGCCAUUCUUUUA